GGGAGUGGCGUGCCGGCCUCCCCUUUAAGGAAUGUUGUGACCUGACGUCACCCGGGCGAGUUACCUCCCUGAGCCACCGUCGCUGGGCUCAGCUCGAACCCCGGAGCCCUUGAGCGCGAGGCGCGGAGCCCCCGAACCUCAACCACAUCCCUAAGCCGCGCACCCCAGAGCCCCGGCCUGCGCACCACGCCGGGCCGGCGCGAUGCCCUCGGACCGGCCUUUCAAGCAGCGGCGGAGCUUCGCCGACCGCUGUAAGGAGGUGCAGCAGAUCCGCGACCAGCACCCCAGCAAGAUCCCGGUGAUCAUCGAGCGCUACAAGGGUGAGAAGCAGCUGCCGGUGCUGGACAAGACCAAGUUCCUAGUCCCGGAUCAUGUCAACAUGAGCGAGUUGGUCAAGAUAAUCCGGCGCCGCCUGCAGCUGAACCCCACGCAGGCCUUCUUCCUGCUGGUGAACCAGCACAGCAUGGUGAGCGUGUCCACACCCAUCGCUGACAUCUAUGAGCAGGAGAAGGACGAGGACGGCUUUCUCUACAUGGUCUACGCCUCGCAGGAAACCUUCGGCUUCUGAGCCAGCAGUAGGGGGUGCUGGCCUGGGAGUGGGGGGCCCUAUCAUCAGGCUCGGCCCAGGGAACUCCUGGCUCCUGAACUGAGCUGCUUCUGCUUCUGGUGGGCUGGGCAGGGAUGCCACCCCCUCGCCAGGGGGCACUCACCACCCCUCCUCUGCCCCUGGAUGGAUCCUGGGCCAGUCAUUUUAGGGCUGACCCUCUGGGUGCUGACAGGGAUGGGGAAGGGUGGGGAUUAGCUCCCAGCACCCCUACUCUGUGUGUGUGUUUUUUUUUAGGCCCCUGCCCAUCUGCCCCUCCCUCAUCUGAGGCGCUGCCUGCCCCCUGCCUGGACCUGCCCCCGAAGGACUGGCCCCUGGCUCACCUGGUCUUGAUAUGGUGUAUGGAUCUGUGGUUAUUGCCCUCUGCAGAAUAAAGAUUGCUCAGGCCUGCCUGG